AUAUUAUGCCUUCUCCGUGAGUUUUCAUCAUCCCAGAUGAAUGGUAGCAAUGGGAAUGAUGCCAUCCUGAAGCAGCUCGGCUCUUUCUCGGAUCUCCAUGAUGCACUGAAAGAGCGGGAAGAGGAGUUGGAACUCCUCCGUGACUCGCAGCGAAAGCAUCCCAGGAAGACAAUGGACCAGGGCUCCUCUCCACUAAUGAAACUGGAGUCAAAUGUGGAUGCAUCCCUGCCACUCACCUGGCCAAAGCUCCUCUCACCUAAGAAGACGAUCAGCCAGGCCUGCUCCCCCAUGGUGAAUGCCCUAUCAGAGGCAGACGAUACUGUGACGUUUGCACGUCCCAGCCUCGCAGUACCGGCAAAAGACAAGGUAAAGAAGAGGAAGACGAAUCUGGAAACCAUCGGAGAGACGAAGGUUCCCCGGUACUCCCCGUCCGAGUUCGACUCCGACGGCGCCGUCAGCGACGACGACUGCACUGCCGACCCCGAUUGGGUCCACACCCCCCUGGGAAAGCUCAUCCGCAAGAAUCGAAUGUACUCCCACGAGAUUCCUCGGUCAAGUGACAUGUCCAUCCGCUGCAGCUGCCCAAUGCAAGAAAGUCUGAAGGUUGCCGCUGCACUUUUGGAUGCAAGAAACGCAACUGCUCGUGCAGGAAGAACGACAGGAAAUGCAGUGACUCCUGCAAAUGCAGCAAUUGUGUCAACAGAAUGCAACCUUUGUUGUCGAAAAAUCAAUCGAGGAGAACGAUCAAGACUCACAGUCGUCUGGAGAAGAUACGAGUCAGCCGUGUCCUUCGCCGAGGACGAUGCGUCUCUCGAACGACACGUGAUCGCAGCCGACUCGGUUGAGGACAACGAAUGCGGUGCACAGCCGAUACUAGUCUUCGCCAUGCCGAAGCCAACCUCAGACAGCAUCAAAGUGGCUGUUAGGGUGAGGCCACUUGUGGAGAAAGAAACUACCGAAGGCUGCAAACAGGCAGUCUUUGUGAAUCAGAACCAAGUUCUUAUCUAUAGUGCAAAAAAGGCAUUUGCAUACAACUUCGCUUUCGAUCCCACCGCCGGGCAGAGCUACAUAUAUGACUGCUGCGUGCGUCCCAUGAUCCCCAACCUUUUCAAAGGGUACAAUGUGACCAUCUUUGCAUACGGACAGACCGGUUCAGGAAAGACCUACACCAUGGGCACCGACUUCCGCAACAGCACGUCGGAUGAUGCCGGAAUCAUUCCGAGGGCCGUGGAAGAAAUCUUCUCCACCAUCGACAGCUCUGAGGAUUCUGAAAAUACUACUGUCCGUGUCUCCUUCAUUGAACUGUACAAGGAGAAGCUGCAGGACCUCCUCUCAGAACAAGGAAAUUCUCCUCUGGACAUCAGGGAAGCUGCAACGGGGGGCGCUUACAUCCCAAACCUCUCUGAGAGCACAGUUACCAGUCUUGAUGAAACUUUGGUGCUACUAAAGCAGGGAGGUCUCAGACGCGUCACAGGUGCGACGGCCAUGAACAUGCAGUCCAGUCGAAGCCAUGCCAUCUUCACUGUCGUCAUAAAGAGUAUUGUCUCUGAGAAUGGCCAGAAAGAAGAAAGGACCGGGAAAUUCCAUCUGGUUGACCUCGCUGGGUCAGAGAACGCAAAGAAGACCCAUGCCACUGGGGAGCGAUUCGAAGAAGGGAAGAAGAUCAACUUGGGUCUCCUGGCUCUUCGAAAUGUGCUGACUGGCCACUGUAGUAAAAAGGAGUACAUCAACUACAGGGACUCUAAGCUAACCCGCCUCCUUCAGGAUUCCCUGGGUGGGAACUCCAAGACACUCAUGAUAGCAUGUGUUUCACCGGCUGAUUCCAACCUUUCUGAGACUACAAGCACGUUGUCGUAUGCUGAAAUUGCUCAACUCAUCCAGAACAAACCUGUGAUCAACCGGGAUCCCCGUGCUGCAGAAAUCGCUGAGUUGCGGCAACAGCUUUCCCAGCUGCAGGCCCGCCUGCUGGCAGGUCAAGGCGGGCAAAGCUCCGAGGAACUUCAGGAGUGUCAGGCCCUCGUGAGGAAACUGAAAUCCGAGAACGCCUUCUUGAAGACGCAUCUUCAUUCCGCCCUGGACGAGGCCCGCAUCCUGUACGAGAAGAGCAUGCUGGCCGAGUCCGGGCUCGUCAGGAUGAGGCGAAAGAUCGAGGAGCUGAAGGAUCGCAUGUGCCAGGCCCAGAUUUCCUUCAACAAUUCGUUUUUGGAUGGGUCCAUCGUCAUGCCAGCAAAUGUUUCUCAAGAGACUCUUCAAAGUCAUAAAUUGAAGCUGGAAGAGAUCUAUCAGCAAGUCAUUGCUAUACAGCAUGAUGAAGAUGAGUGUGCAAAGGAGAGGUUGAACCAGGAGCGUUCCCUUCGUCUUCCGGUGUGUGAAGCUUCCUCCAAGGAAGCAGUCGAUGGUCAUGCGGAAGUCGUCGAGUCGGAGUACAACGAAGAGGAGGGGUUGAUGCAACGAGCCAAACUACAGACUGACCUCCAUAAUCUGGAUGAAGAGCUGCUGGAGAAAGAGGAUCUGGUACAAAAACUGACAGCCAAUAUGGCCAAGGUGGCUGAGCUUCAGAUGCAGUAUCAAGAGGUGGAGCAGAAACUCCUUUCCCUGGAAAGCGAGAAACAGCAGCUCGAAGCAGAGCAGAAAGAAUCUCACAAAAAGAUCCAAGUGCAAAAGAUCGCAGAGGAGCGGCGGCGAAGGAUCAUGGAGCUGGAGUUGGAACUGAAGGAAAUGAGAAAGAAGAAGCGUGACCAUGAGCAAAUUCUCAAACUCAAGCAAAAGCAAGAGGAGCAACUUGUCAAGUUGACCAAUGAAAUCCAGGUAGUACAAUUUUCAGACAACUCACUCGGUAACCUCUUGACGUCCACCGGUUUCACUGAGCCGUCUUGUGUGCUUCAGGUGAUGAAGCAGACGAGGGUGAAGCUGAUGAAACAGAUGCAGGAGGCGAGCAACCAGUUCCGCAAAUGGAAGGUGGAGAAGGAAAGAGAAAUCCACAAGCUGAAGGAGCAGGACCGGAAACGGGAAGCAGCAACGGUGCGCAUGAAGCAGCAGCAUGCCAGGGAGCAGGAUGCUCUCCGUCAACGCAUGGAGCGCACGCAGGCCCUCAACCGUCGACUCAAGGAAACCUUGAACAAACAAUGUGAGGUAGCCAAGACACGAUCCGUGCUCAUGGCUCAGAAGGCUGCCAAUCGUCCCCAAGCCAUGUCAGCGUGGAUUCAGCAGGAGUUGGACUUGGCUGCUGGAAACAAGGAAGCUCAGCUGGCCAUCAAGGAACUCAUGGACGAUCGCUCGGAGAUUGUGAAUCGUCUCCGUGCCCUUCGGGAACAGUAUGCUGGUGAAUCAGACAAAGAGAAGCAAGUGGUGCUUCAGAAGGAAAUCACUGAGCUGGAGGAGGUACUAGAAAUGCGACAGGCGCAGAUCACCAAUUUGCAGGAGAAUGUGUUCUCCAAGGAGGAAGGAAGUGCCAGCUGGGAUGGAAUCACAUCACUUCAUCAUGCUCGCGAGGCUCUCAAUUGCCUCUUCCAGGCUGCAACCGAUGCCAAAGCCGUCGGUGGGUUCCGGGAGGUCGAGCUGAAGCGCCUGCAGUCCGAGAAUGACGACAUGAAGACGAGAAUGAAAGAUCUCGAGGAGUCCUGGGAGGCCGAGAAGCAACGGUUGGAGCGGAAACUCACACAUUAUCAGCGGCAGAAGGAGGAACAGAUGCCAAAACCAAAUGGAGUUUUCAUCCUGGUCAACUGA